GCUGUGUUUACACGCCGCGCCUGCACCGCGCCGCUCGUGCGCUGCCGUGUCGUGCUCGAUCGCUUGCUGCAACAUACACAACCCCUCAUUUACUAUUCAACGCUGUGAAUUUUUAACUUUGCGAACGACCGACGAUAGCUAGAGGUAUUUUAAUGCUUAUUAAACUCUACUCUCAGCAGAGAGAACAGUUGUAGUGCACACUAGUGUCACGAAUUCAAAGCAUUCGCAUCGAACACCGAUUGUCAUAGUUCAUUCGAGUGAUCUCACGACUUCAUAAAUAUGGGUGCUAAAGAGAGCGUGGAGGCUGCUAAAUUUUCUGCGCAAAAUUGGAACAAUUUCGAGCAUGCCAGUGUGAAGAAUCCGUACAGACACGGCACCCAGCGCUCCCAGAGCCUCAACCGCGGACAUUCUCUUUCGCGCUCCGAUGGAACCUGGUGACAUCACGGGACCGCGGGCAACAUAGUGGUUUGCGCCGAGUGCGGCACGCGCACGAUGGGCAACAAGCUAUCGUCGUGCUCCUGCGCGCCAAUACUACGCAAGGCGUACCGCUAUGAGGACAGCCCGUGGCAGAACUCUCGCCGCAGGGACGGACAUCUACUGAGACUAUGGGCGGAAGUGUUCCACGUGUCAGCAAGCGGGGCCGGCACUGUGAAAUGGCAACAAGUUUCCGAAGACCUGGUGCCCGUCAACAUCGCCUGCAUCCAGGACUCCCCCGAGUGCGUGUUCCACAUCACGGCUUACAAUUCACAAGUCGAUAAGAUCCUCGAUGUGCGACUAAUCCAGCCGGGCACUCGGAUCGGCCAGGCUUCGGAAUGCUUCGUGUACUGGAAGGACCCGAUGACCAACGACACCUGGGGCUUAAACUUCACUUCUCCCAUCGAUGCCAAACAAUUUCGGGAGUGCUGCUCACCAUCAUUCAAAUUCUCACGUAAGGCAUCUUCGAGCUACAGCCUGAAGUUGGAGCCACCAGGCAACAAGCAGAAGUUCAAAGCCAAGAGGAAACCGCUUUCUACUCCUGCCAGCCCUAAUCGCUCAAGUUUGACUUACGGACGAGAGCCACAAUGCACUUGUAUGACACAAGAGCAAUAUGCAAGGCUGCGGGCCCAGGAUCCCCGAUAUCGCUCGUCGACUCUGCCGCGUACCACGACCCGCGCAAUUGAGACCGAGGCGGGCGCGAGCGGCACUGCUAACCGGACGGACAAAGUCGCCGCUGCCACCUCAUCGACCUCGCUUUACGACAAUGUCGCCAACUCACAACCAGCCCACCAGGCGCCGCCUAAGCCGGCUGCUCGUCAAUCAGAUUCGCAGCCUCCUACAAGGCCGCCGAAGUCACAGGAAACUUCCACGAUGACCACCAACACUUCCACCGCUCCGAAGACCGUCACAGCUUCUGUUGGAACCCAUGGACCUAAUGCGACAGAAGAAGGGCAACAGACAGGCCCUGGAUCCACAAAUCAGCAUGGCCAAGACCUGAAAUCUGAAGGCGUGCAGGCCGGUGGAACUCUGACGUCAUCAAAAUCGUCGGCCACUUCCACCCGGCCCGGGAAGGAGCAUCUGCAGCACAUGCCGAAGAGUGUUGACUAUGGGGAUGGAAAUGAAUCCGGCCGUGAAUCUGACCGGCACUCGGCACAUCACCACAACGUCAUCAAUAACAACACCUCCGGCUCACGGCGCACCAAAUCUAAGAGUACCGAGGAUAUGAAUAUGGACUCCAGCACGCUCAAGCGCAUGCUAAAGCCUAUGCCUUCAACCGAGAGUCCUGUGACAUCACCAGAGAUGGGUCGCCGCCGGUACGGAGGCGCGGCUCCUUGCCCGCCGUCCUGCGGCUCCCACGGGCACCGCCACCCGCAGCACAUGCACCAUGGACACUACUCACACGUCGUCAACAAUAAUAGUCGACAGAGCUCGCAACGUCGAGGAGUAGGAGUGGGGGCAGCACCAAGCGGCUAUCCUGGUCGAGGCUUGUACUUAGAGUUGGGCGGCGGAGAACGUGACCUCUCCCCUCCAUCAGAUAAUGUGAUGUUCGACAACCAAUGUUACGCGACCACGCCAUCCUCAUCUAACGGGAACUCCGACCAGGAACCCUGUCAGCGACGAGAUGGGAGGCAGCAUCAUCACGGGCCAUGCUUGUCUCGACAAGCUUCGCAGUCUAGCGCCACUCCCGCACCGGGGUCACCAACCUCGAGACUUCUGCUCGAAUAUGAAAUGCAUCUAAGGAACACGCUGGCUAAAGGCAUGGAUGCGGAGAGCUACAGCCUUCACACCUUUGAGGCUUUGCUUAGUCAAAGCAUGGAGGAUCUAGAAUACAACGACAACUUGCCGCCAUCUAAUCAACGAAGUCCCUAUCCACCGCGUCGUCGACCGACCCAAGAAUCCAUUCUACACUCUUUGAGAAACCUUAAGGAGGCUGCAAUAAGGGCCAGAGGUCCUGCGUCCCAAUGCUCUGGUGGUGGGAGCCGUUCUUCCACUUUGCCUCUUCCACACCGUCUUGGCGUCGAAAGGCAGCAUAGUGCUAGAUCUGAUCGAGAUGGAUACUACAGUGAUCGCAAUGAGUUGAUGCGGGAGCGGGAAAGGGAACGGGAAAGAGAACGUGGUUAUUUGAGCGAUCAUAAUACCAGGGAUCGAGUACGAGACCGCGAUCAGGGUUAUUUGAGCGAUCAUCAAUCCAGUUUCGUGAGCGCAUCCCGCUGUGCUUCUUGUAUCGGCGAGUCUGCACGGGCGGCAUGGUACCGACACUCCGAUGGUUGGAGGGGUGCUCCCCCACCAGGCCCACGCCGCUCCCCCUGGGACUCCCUGCCCAGCCUGCGACAUGAAGGCAGCCUCAAUGACUCCGGAUACAGGAGUAACCGAGCUGAUAGCUUCGAACAACGUAAUGUGUUCGAUCGGCAAGACAGCGUGCGGUCUGAGUACACGAGUGACCGCGAAUCCACUCGGUAUGGCAUCGUGCAGCAGGCUUCCAUCGACAGCACCGACUCAAGGAUCUGUUACCUGACUUCCAGUGAGAUAUCGGAUGACGACCGCAUGUCGUUGACAACAGCUGUCUCCGACGAAGAAGACCCGGGCGAAAGUGCGAUGAAUUCUCCGUACAAAGGGAAGCAGACCGGCGCCGCGGCGGCCUCCUUCAACUGCACGGGAGCCGUGAGGAAAGCCGGUUUCCUGAGCGUGAAGAAAUGGCUGCUGCGGAAAAAGCAUCAAAUCGAACUGGCCCGCAAACGUGGCUGGAAAGGCUACUGGGUGUGCUUGAAAGGCACCACGCUCCUCUUCUACCCGUGCGACUCCCGCGAGGGGCGCUCGGUGGAAGCCGCUCCCAAGCACCUGAUUAUAGUGGACGGUGCCAUCAUGCAGCCCAUUCCGGAGCACCCCAAACGAGAUUACAUAUUUUGUCUUAGCACUGCAUUUGGAGAUGCCUACUUAUUCCAAGCACCGUGCCAGGUGGAGCUUGAAAAUUGGGUAAACAGUAUCCAUAGCGCGUGUGCCGCCGCGUUCGCUCGCCACCGCGGGAAAACGGGGACACUGCAUUUGUUGCAGGAGGAGAUAUAUCGUCUCGAAAAAGCUAUUGAAUCAGAUCAUAAACUGAAACACAUGGCGGACCUGCAGCAGUCCGUAGUUUCGGACCCGGAGACGCGUGCGCAACUAGCAGUGCAGAUGUUGCAGUGGGAAGAGAAUCUCGAACGACUCCACUGCGAACAGUUCCGCCUCCGAUGCUACAUGGCCAGCCUGCAGUCCGGCGAACUCCCUAAUCCUAAGUCGCUACUGACUCACGUAUCCCGCGGCACUAAGAGUACGCUGAACAAGUUGGGCGUGUUCACCGUAUCUUCCUUCCACGCGUUCAUAUGCGCGCGCUCGCCUUCCCUGCUCAACAACUUGCUUGCUGGAAGAGGUGCCACCAAACGCAGGGCACCGAACCUUUCCCGCUCCAACUCUGGAUCCAGCCGUCGCUCCAUGCAGAUGUCUCGUGACGAUGGCGAAGCAGCUGUCCGGGUGUCGCUCCCUGAAGGCACCACGGCUACUGUAGGAGUCAGAGAAGGCAUGUCCGUGGAGGAGUUCCUAGCCGCCGCCUGCGCACGCCGCUCUCUCAACGCACUCGAGCACUUCGUCAGGGUGAAGAAGCGCAGGGAUAUGGAAGACCAUAACUAUUUUGUCCCACAUCGCAGCGACCUAAUUGAGACAUACCUACACACCCACGAAGUCGUUGAAGUUUGCGCUAAAAUACUUUACCAAGUGGAAUUACAACGGACUACUCUGGAGCAGAUGUGGGGAUUCAGUGUGGAAGCCGAGCUCAUAGAGAACGCCGAGCGUCAGGACGAACUAUGCUGCUACGUCAGUCGUGUCGAAGACAAAAGCGUUGCCAUGCAAAACGGAAUAAUCAAAGGGGACGAGAUAAUGGUGAUCAACGGAGCGAUCGUGUCUGACCUAGAUAUGAUGUACUUGGAGAGCGUGCUUCAGGAGGAGCUUUCACUCGUCAUGAUGAUGAGGUCAUCCCGCACCGAGCCGCCCGAGCUAUCAGGGAUGAUGCGAGCUGCCACGGACGAUAUCAUCGACUCGCUCGUGUGCCCCCCGCCCCCGAGCGAGCCGCCAGUCAUCUCGGAUGACAUGAUCUCCGGACUCAUCGUGCCUGCACCGGCUUGGAGCAAAGAGCUGUACAGCCCGGAAACUGAUGCCCACGGCAGCGACGUCACCAGCGGCCCGCCUAAAGUCAGCUCUCGAACUAACUCUUUCGAGAUCGAAAAUCUUCUCAAGAGCGCGGAACAAGUGACGGGCUGGUGCCGCUCCCCCGCUGACACGAGGCGCGGGAGUCCUACGGGAAGCGUGGCCAGUGCUGCGGCUGGCACGCCAUCGAGGCACAUGUCUGAUGCUGAUAAAUUGAAGAAGGUGCUACUGGAGCUGGUGGACACUGAACGAGCGUACGUCAAGAAUCUGAAUAAUUUACUUGAAAAUUACCUGGAGCCGCUGAAAAGGGAAACUUUUUUAUCAAAUGCCGAGAUUAAUGCACUGUUCGGGAACAUUCAAGAGAUCGUGACUUUCCAAAGGCAGUUUCUGCAGAACUUAGAAGAAGCGCUCGAGGCUGAACCGAACUUUCAUCAUUUUGAAUUCUCGAAUCAAUUUAAGAAUAUGCUCUUUGCGGUGGGGAAUGCUUUUCUUUAUUAUGUCAAUCACUUCAAGUUAUACAGUUCGUUUUGCGCUAGUCACAGCAAGGCACAGAAAGUUCUGCAUCCGAAUGAAGGUAAUCAAGCCUUGCAAGAGUUUCUGGCCUCGAGAAAUCCAAAACAACAGCAUUCGUCAACUCUAGAGUCGUAUCUGAUAAAGCCGAUUCAGCGGAUAUUGAAGUAUCCUUUACUGCUGCAACAGCUGAGAAACUUGACUGAUGUUAACUCUGAGGAGCAUCUCCAUUUAGUAGAGGCCCUGAAAGGAAUGGAAAAAGUUGCUGAACACAUCAAUGAGAUGCAACGAAUACACGAGGAAUAUGGUGCUAUAUUUGAUCACUUGUUUAGGCAACACCAAAAGUCUUGCAAGCAACCUAUAGAUCUAAGCCCUGGUGAUUUAUUAUACUACGGCGGCGUAGAAUGGUUAAAUAUUUCAGACUUUUUAGGAAAAAUUAAAAAAGGACUAGAAUUGCAUGCUAUGUGCUUUGUAUUUAAAUCAGCGGUUGUCUUCCUUUGCAAAGAAAGACUGAGACAGAAGAAGAAAUUAAUGGGCGUAUCAUCGAAGAACAACUCCAAUGAAGUGGAGAUCAUCCGGUACCAAGUGCUGAUACCGGUAACCGAGGUGCAAGUGCGGGCUUCCUCGGCCAAAGACAUGGACAGUCACUUCUUGUGGGAACUGAUUCAUCUUAGGAGUCAGCUACAACGUCGCUCCGAGAAGGUUUACGUGCUGUCUAAUAGCACUGCGGACUUCCGGAACGCGUUCCUCAAAACGAUCCGUCAGAUCAUCCGCGAGUCCGUUCGAAACAUGUCGCUGCCCACCACGCGACCCGCACCGGCGCCCCCCCGCGCGCCUCACGCGCCCCACACCCUGGACAGGGACCGCGAGCGACCUAAACAUCAGGUGCAAGUUAUGCAGGGGUCUCAAACUCUUGGCAAAACCAAGAAGCCAAAAACAUCAGGGCAACGGUUAUCAGCUGGAAAUAUUGAGGUUGGUGACUUAUCACGAGAAAACUCUCAGGACGCCGAAGAACCACCUCAGGAGCCAUCUGAUGAAGAACCCUUCAGGCUUCGGAGCAAGACGCUUGGUGAUGCAACUGAGAGUACCUCCCGCCGGGCACCGCCGCCGCCGCCGCCGGACGACAAGUCGGACCCCGAGCCCGGCUCCAAGUCUGAGGGCGAGGACGAGCCGCCGCCGCCGCCCACCAAGCGAGGGUUAGGCCGAACACCCAACCACCUCACGCUCAGCACGACUUCUACUCUGAGCGCUGGCAGCACUGGUAGCCAGGCUCGACUGAUACAAUCUUCGCAUCAACCAACACAAUAUCAACCGGCUAUGGUUAAGGAAUUAGGAUCGCCCGUGUGGAAACCGCGCGAUAUGUUGAGCGAGACGGGCGCGGCGGCUCCGGCGGCGGCGCCCGCGGCUCCCACGACGCUGCCGCGCUCGCAGCGUCAGGCGCCGCGAGCGCUGCACCUCUCCGCCAGCCGCAAAUCACUGGCGCCCGACCACCGCCAUUAAUCGCCCGCUCGUCGCUCCGUGGAUGGAACCCCGGCGCUACCACUCGAUAAAUGCACAGCCUGCACACACAUCUAACCUCAAUUUCAUUUACAUUGUAAACCGGAAAACUUUUCACUAUCUAAAAUACCUUAUAAAUGCCUACUUUGAAGUUAAUCAUACAGCAAUUUUGGAUAUACGUGCCCUGUGCAUUUGUUUUUUGGGUGGCAAGGGCCUACGUCCGCUCUCCCGGACCCCAUCCGACAUUACGAUUUUGGCUGACUGAAUUUCCCGCGGUCGUCGUUCAUGUAUCAAAUCAAGAUACAUUAACGCACGAAUUGCUUGGAAAUAUGACAGAUAAGUGUGAGUGAUUCCCUUCACUGUGUCCUUAUUCUCAAAAAAGGACAACAAGUAUUCCUAAACAGUGUGACUGGCCCCACUAUAAUGACUUUCAAUACAUGUUACGAGUAAAUUUUGUCUGUGAACAGUGUAUAUUUGUAUCAACCUACUUUCAAAGUUGAGCUAUAGAAAAUGUACCUAAGUGAUAAAUUUAACUACAAAAUAAUAUCAAAUAUAAUUUUGGCAAAUAUUAAAGUACUUUUCACAUUUUAUGACAUCACGCAGUGUUGACGGCUCAUUAAGUUUAUAAGCUCAAAUUUUGAACAGUUCAAAAGAGCUCAAAUAAAUUUACGAUGUUUUAAAUUCUAUUUCUUAACGUACAAGACUGCAUGCGGAUAUUGUGUGAACUAAAUACUAAAUGUCACUAUUAUAAUAAACCUUCACUAAAGAUAAUGUAACAAUCAAUGAUCUAUGCCCAAGGAUAUUAAAAAGAAUUCCCUUGUAUUAUUAUUUAUUUCAAUGAAACUUUGAUUUCGGGCUCCCAAAUUCCAAGGAUUUCUAUUGAAAAUAAUUGAUGCUGAUAUUUAAUGAUGAUACAUACUUAUAUCCAGUUUUUACAAAAAAAAAAAGUGCAACAAGAUAACGAAUUUUGUUUUCUAUACACUGUUUUUUGUUACAUUAGUACAAAUUAUUAGUAUUUCUCUGACUACAAUAAAGAUAAAAUUCAAAUUCAUACCUUUAUAUAUUACACCCAUCCUCAUUAAUAUUUAAACAAAUAAUUGAGUACCUAAUUAUGUGAUUAUUCUUUGUUAAAACUAAAGACAAUAUCAAUAGUAAAAAUGGAAUGAUAAUUGAGCUACAAUUUUGUUCUCACCUACUCUGCUUGUAUAAGUACCUACUUAUAAUCAAGAAUUCUAUAACAGCUCAGUAAGUCGACAGGUUACGACUUGCAAAUUUUAGUUGAAAUUAGCACAAUAAAUAAAAAUAUUUUUUUGUUUUCAUGAAAUUUUAAGUAUGUACAAAUAUUUUCAAAUGGUUUAACCUUUGUUUUUUCAGUGUACUAUGCAGCUAUACAUUUAAUUUAUUGAAUUAAUUUCCUUAAGAAUGAGGAUAUGAAAUUGUUGUUAACUACAUAAUCCGUAGAUUAAAACUAAGGCACGAUAAUAUUUUAUCUAGAUAAUAACUGAAAUAAUUGUACGCAUUCCUACCCAUUUUAGUUAGAAAAUAUCCUUAAGAUUAUAAUUACUUUGCAAAAACGACUGUUCCCUUACAUGACCUCUGUGCCAAAUUAGCCCUCUACAAAUGUGCUUUUUAAUACUCAUUGUAAACAUAUAUACUGAUUAUAUUUAUCGUGAGAGUAGUUAGUAAAAAUACUUGUGUUUAUUUUGAUCACAUUGCCAAUGCAAUACUUACUACCUUUAGUCGCACUGACCCUACAAACAAAUACACUAGGUAGUUCUGAUAAUAAUUUCUCUUCGUGAUCAAAUUCGAAAGUUCUAUCAUAGGCUAGGUGAAUGAUAUAUACAUUGUAUCCUGCACUCUUUUGUUAUAUAAUUUUAAAACAUGAUAGAUGAUAUGAUUGAUUUGUUGAUGUAGUCUAUUAUACAUUAAAAUAUGUUGUUCGAGACCUUGGAAACCUUGUAAAUGGGCAGCGGCUUCAAACUUUAAUUAUCAUCUUAAUUCUAUGUACUAAGAACAAUAUCCGACUGUACCUAAUAUCAUCCAUCAAGACUAAGCAAAAUUAUAAGUCUACAGGCCAUGCCUCAGAACAAUAGUUUUUUAUGCCAUUAUUUAAAUAUCGACGUGCAAAGAUUUACUUGGGAUGUCGAUAUUAGUCUGAUUAACAUGUAGAUAUAAUCCACAGAGCACGGAAUUCUUAACCGCUGGCGGGACAUUCCGUGUUCUGUGGUUUUAUCUACUACAUCACAUAUUGUCAUACCACAUGUUUAUUUACACGUACUAUUUACGGGUUGUUUCGUUAGACUAAGGUCAACUUAUUAAUUCUGUGAUGCUAAUAUUACUUUUGUUUAAUCAAAUAGUUAAUGUAGAUUUAGUUACUUAUAGGAAUAUGAAUAGGUAUGAGUUAAAUUGCCGCAUUCAAGUUACAAGUUUUCGAACGGUCUCUUUGACGAUACUUUAUUAUUAUAUUUUACAUUUGUCUUGAUAUAUAAUAUUGACUAUAUAGUACAGUACUAUGUACAGUACCUAUAUAUUUAUUAUUUAUUAUUGUGAUCACACAUUUAUAUUUUAAAGUUAUUAUUUAAAAGAUUGUUUUGUGAUUUAUCGAAAUAAAACCUGUUUAUUAAUAUACAUAUGUUAAAAUAUUCGAAUUUAAUAAUUACGAACUUAUACAAUCAAUUUAUAGAUAUUAUUAUACUAAGAAAAUAUAAUUAAUAAAUUGAAUAAACAAAUAUGAGUGAAAAAUGAAAAUGAAGAAUGAGCUCAUUAAUUGCGAUUGUAUUUCAUACUUCAAUGACAUUUGAAAAGUAAUGUAGGGAAAUGAAUGAAUAUUUAGAAAGACUUAUUGAAGUAAAAUAUGAAGGUAACUAAUGUUAUAAUAAGUAUUGAACUUUUAUAAUUUCCAUUUGUAUAGUUUGCAUUUCUGUUCUGAAAUGACUUUAUGUUAAUCAAUGUAAUAUAUAUCAGUGAAUGUUUAAUGUGUACUAUUGUCAAACUUCUAAACUUAUUGUAAUCGAGUUUUCAUAACCUACCUAAAAUUUAAGACCCAAUUAAAAUAUAUGGGAAAAUGGACUAACUUGUCUCUAGAAUUUGUUAUACUACUUUAUUUACAUACAAUUUACUCAAUAAUUAUAUCCUUUCGUUAUUAAUCGAAUGGCAAAACAUUUUAUUUCUUUAACGAAAUUAUCAAAAAUGCCUAAAUUUAAAGUGCCUUCACAAAGCUUUGAAAGUAAAGUGCACAGAAUUCCAAGGUUCGCCUGGAAUAACCCCAGAAGUUUGUCAAUAGUGACUUUAAAUUACAAAACUCUUUAGUGGCUUCCAACAAUUAGAUUUAUUUCAAAAUCCAUGUAUCCAUUUGUUUUCCUAAGAUUAUAAUAAG